AUGGACUCUCGCACUCCUGAUGAUACGCCCAAUGUCGACAGUGACGUCGACAUAGAGGCAAAUGCGGAAAUCACAAAAGAUGAAGAAUCGACAGAAGCCCAAAAUAUGCGCAUCACUUUCCACAACUCUACUGCUGAUGUAGAGGGAAUGCGCUCCAUCUACCAACCAGCUCAGCUUCGACGUACCCACUCUUUGGGUCGUGAGACCGUUCGCAGUACCCGCAGUAUCCCCCAGACCGCAGUUGGUGGCGCUGCCCCAGGACUUCCUAUCGAAUUUCGCACCCUCUCGAUUCAAAUCUCGGAAUCUCAAACUCGCCCUAAGGAGAUCGUGACCGAAACACCCAAGGAGAAAGUCCCCAACCAGGAUUACUUCGAGAGCUUGGAUUUCCACACAAUCACACAAGAUAAAGUCUGUCAAGAGUUCAAUGUUGACCCGCGCUUCGGUCUCAGUGCCGAGUCAGCUGCGACACGUCUCCAGCGGGAUGGCAAGAAUGUCAUCGCUCACCAUGGCGAGAACUAUUUCAAGAAGCUGUUCUUUUAUGUCUUUGGUGGCUUUUGUUCAAUUCUGUGGGUGGGUGUGAUUAUCUUCUUCAUUUGCUGGAAGCCUCUCAGUAACCCACCUUCGCCAACCAAUCUUGCCAUGGCCGUUCUCGUCAUGAUUGUCAUUGCACUCCAAGCCGGUUUCUCAGCUUUCCAGGACUGGUCCACCAAGCGGGUAAUGAACUCGAUUCUGGGUCUUCUUCCAUCAGAGGCCCUGGUCUUGCGUGAUGGAAAACAGCUCCGUCUUUCUGCCACCGACCUGGUGGCUGGAGAUAUCGCGCAAAUCAGUGUGGGAAAUAAGGUCCCUGCCGAUAUGCGUCUAUUGCAGACCUCGGGAGAUAUUCGCUUUGAUCGUGCCAUCCUCACUGGUGAGUCUGAUGAGAUCGACGGCGCUACCGAUGCCACCGACGCAAACUUCCUCGAAACCCGCAAUGUCGCCAUGAUGGGUACUCUUGUCACCAACGGAAAUGCCACCGGCAUUGUGUUGCUGACAGGUAGCCGUUCCGUUAUGGGUCGUAUUGCUAGUAUGACUGCUGGCGUCAAACAAAAGCCUACCUUGAUUCAAAAGGAGAUCAACCGCUUUGUUACCAUUAUCGUUGCCAUGACUAUCUGCCUUGCCUUGCUCAUCCUUUUCACCUGGUUGGGAUGGCUUCGCAAGGAUCACCCAACUUACAUGAGCGUGGUAGCCAUGCUGAACAAUGUCAUGGGCUGCGUGGUAGCCUUUAUUCCGGAGGGUGUGCCCGUUGGUGUUGCGCUGACACUGAUGAUGGUCGCUCGGGCUAUGAAGAAGAACAACAUUCUGCCCAAAGGACUUGCCACCGUGGAAACUUUGGGAUGUGUGAACGUGAUUUGCUCCGACAAGACAGGAACCCUCACCCAGAACCGCAUGUUUGUCAAGUCACUUGGCAUGGUUGACUUGGAGUACAACACCGACGAUCUCGUGUCUGGCAUGGAGUCCUCCGAAGGGCUCAAAAAUCUUCUCCGUGCUUCAGUUCUUUGCAACGACGCUACCUUUGACCCAGAGACCAUGAAUCUACCAGUCUGGGAUCGUAUUGUCAAUGGAAACGCCACAGAUGCUGCUGUGCUGCGACUUGCUGAUAGUGUCGGCGCCGCUGCACCAAGCAACCUGGAUCCUUAUCAGCGCAUCCACCAGAUCCCUUUCAACUCGAAAAACAAGUGGAUGCUUACAAUGCACGAAGACCCGAGCGCUUCCAAAGGAUACAUGGUCUACGUCAAGGGUGCACCUGAUGUUCUUUUGGACCGCUGCUCUACCUAUUGGUCUGGCGUCAACAACGCGAUCCGCCCACUGGACUCACAAGCCAGACAGAAGCUUUCUGAGUUCCAGGCCAAACUUUCUCGUCGCGCCGAGCGUGUGAUCAUCCUUUGCCAACGCCGCUACGUUCCCACUCACCCCCUGGGAUCCAAUGGUUUCAGUGACGAGAUGCUUGAAUCCGGUGUCCAGGAUCUGACUGUGCUUGGUAUUUUCGGCAUCAUUGACCCCCCUCGACCAGAGACUGCUCAGACUGUGGCCGCAUGCCGACGUGCAGGCAUUCGAUUCUUCAUGGUCACCGGUGACUUUGGAUUGACUGCCGCAGCGAUUGCCCGUGAUAUCGGUAUCUUUGAUGGCAAUGCUGAGCCUGAUCUCAUUGAUGAUCUCCGUGAUGGAUUUUCCUCGGACAAAUCGCCGGCACCCUCCAGACGCAGCUUGCUUUUGGAAGGUAGCAGCCUCUCGUCUCUUACUCAUGAGGAGUGGACCACUGUUUGCGACUAUGAGGAAAUUGUCUUUGCUCGUACCAGUCCCGAGCAAAAGCUCCGUAUUGUGUCAGAACUCCAGGCAAAGGGUAAUUUCGUCGCUGUCACUGGUGACGGUGUCAACGAUGCGCCUGCAUUGCGUGCUGCCGAUGUUGGAGUCGCCAUCGGCGGGGGUAGUGAUGUCGCUAUUGAGGCUGCCGAUCUUGUACUGCUUGAACGAUUCGAUUCGAUUAUCGAAGCUAUUCGUCUUGGUCGCUUGGUAUUCCAGAACCUCCAAAAGGUUAUUGCUUACCUGCUACCCGCUGGUAGUUUCUCCGAGAUCUGGCCUGUCCUUAUGAACGUCUUCUUUGGCUGCCCGUCUCCUCUCAGCUCCUUCUUGAUGAUUAUUAUUUGUGUUUUCACUGACCUUUUCCUCUCCUUGUCAUUGAUCAUGGAAAAGGAGGAGUUUGAUUUGAUGAGCAUCCCCCCUCGCAAGCCUCGCAAGGAUCAUCUGAUCAACCUCCGCAUUUACGGCCAGUCCUAUCUCUUUGUCGGUGUGAUGGAAGCUUUCAGUGCUCACGCUAUGUUCUUCUUGUACAUGUGGAAGGCCGCUGGCAUUCCCUUCUCCGAUCUGAUUUUCGCAUUUGAGAAGUACUCCGCUGGAUUCCACGGAUACACCCAGGAUGAACUCGACCACUUCAACUACGUUGGCCAAGGCGUAUACUUUGUCACUCUUGUCAUCAUGCAGUGGGGUAAUAUCUUGUCUGUUCGCAGCAAGCGCAUGUCUAUCCUGCAGGCUGAUCCCAUCCGCCCUGCCCGCCGCAAUCCUUGGCUCCCUAUUGCCAUGGUGAUUUCGCUCGUUAUCGCAAUCUUUGUCACCGAAGUUCCCGGUAUUCAAAGAUUGUUCCUGACUGCCUCUGUCCCCAUCGAAUUCUGGCUCAUUCCCCUUGGCCUUGCCAUGGGUGUCCUGGUUAUGGAUGAGCUGCGCAAGGUUCUUGUGCGCUCGUUCCCGAAGGGCCCAGUUGCUUAUGUGGCGUGGUAA